ACCAAAGUGACCAAACAUUCAAUUGCACCUAACAUUUUUAGCAAGAUUCCACACUUUCCACCUCUAUAUUAUCCACUAUACACCAAGCAUCAAGAGAGAGUGAGAAAGUAAAAGAGAUGACGGAAGUGAGAGCAGACGGAGGCUCAGCCGCAACAGCUGCUGCCGGAGGAUCACCGACGGUCAAAUCGAUCUUCAUUCAUCCAAUUAAAUCAUGCAAGGCCAUUUCCGUUUCACAAGCACCCCUUUCUCCCACCGGGUUUGUGUGGGAUCGUCAUUGGGUAGUUAUAAACUCAAAAGGCAGAGCGUGCACUCAAAGGGUUGAACCAAAGCUUGCUCUAGUUCAAGUGGAGAUGCCCAUGGAAGCUUUCUCUUUGGAUUGGGAGCCCAAAAAAACUUCUUACUUGGUGGUACGUGGGCCCGGGAUGACUACCGAGCUCAAGAUCUCAUUAACCAAACCAUCAUUACGGUCAGAUGGGAUUUCGGUCUGGGAGUGGUGCGGGUCAGCCUUGGAUGAAGGAGACGAGGCUGCAAAAUGGUUCACUGAAUUUCUUGGAAAACCUACCCGAUUGGUGCGCUUUAAUGAAGAGACCGAGACUAGACCGGUUGACCCUUUAUUUGCUCCCGGAUUCAAUGUUAAAUUUACAGAUGCUUUCCCCAUCCUUUUAGCAUCCCAGGCCUCUUUGGAUGCUGUGAAUGAACAGUUAAAAGAAUCCGUCAACAUAAACCGGUUUAGGCCCAACAUCUAUGUAGAUGGUUGUGAAUCGUUUGCUGAGGACCUCUGGAAACAUAUCAAAAUUAACGGGUUAACUUUUAAAGGCGUCAUGCUUUGCCCACGUUGUAAGGUGCCUACAAUCAAUCAAGAGGACGCGACUGAAGGGAGUGAACCAACUGCAACCAUGAUGAAGUUCCGAUCGGCCAAAGUCUUGGAAGUGAACCCCACAAAAUACAAGGGCAGGGUUUACCUUGGGCAAAUGAUGGUGUGCGAGAAUAUUGAUAAUGGUUGGAGAAAGGUUAUCAAUGUUGGAGAUGUUAUUCAUGUGGAAGAGGCAUUUGCAUCGUAUGCAGAUGUUGCAGUUUAAUAUUUAUUGUUGGAUAGUUGCGGACUUAGAGACUAUAAGUUUGUUGUCAAUAUACAUCAUGACAACCGUUUUAAGAUUGCCUUUUUAUUCUAUUUCUUGAUUAAUUGGGCUCUAGCAUGAAGAAAUGUAUGAAUAAUUUCAGGAAAUA